AUGGUGCACGAAAAACUAGAUUCGAUACUUCCUCGAUCCGGAAGUGCCUUCAAAUUCGAAAGCAUACACAACGCCAUUAGUUGCGCGUAACGCGGAACAGAGGGCGGCUUCUUCGCUUGCUUGAAGCAACUUGAAUGAGAACACAUCACAGUGGUGUAACAAAAAUAUUAUUUGACAGAUACGCUUGCGACACGUGUUGUAAUUGGACUUAUUAUCAACGAUGGUUUAUUAUUUUACAAGCGAAGUGGUGCAGCCACCGGUCACGUUAUUCAUGGGGAUCGAUAAGUACGAGAAUGAAGACCUUAUCAGAUGGGGCUGGCCCGAGGAUGUGUGGUUUCAUGUCGACAAGUAUUCGUCCGCUCACGUGUACCUUCGACUCCAACAUGGCCAGACGAUAGAUGACAUUCCUAGCACAGUGCUGGAAGAUGCUGCGCAACUGGUGAAGGCAAACAGUAUCGAAGGGAACAAGAUGAACGACAUCGACGUGGUGUACACGAUGUGGGCAAAUUUGAAGAAGACACAGGGUAUGGAGGUUGGCCAGGUCGGCUUUCACAAAGACAAGGACGUUCGCAAGAUUCACGUCGCCAAGCGGGUUAAUACCAUCGUGAAUCGCCUUAGUAAAACCAAACGCACAGAGCAGGUGAACUUCAGUGCAGAGAGAGAACAGAGGGACAGAAAUGAACGAGAGGACAAGAAGAAACUCCUGAGGGAGCAGAAAGAGAGGGAAAAGGCCGAGGAGAAGCGACGUCAGGAAGAAGCUGAAAUGAAGAGCUACAAUUCCUUAUUCAAUACGUCCAACAUGACAUCGAAUACGGAAACCAGUGGGUACGAUUCAGACGAUUUUAUGUGAUUGGAAGCAAUAUUCGCAUUUGCAACUUGUGCCUGAUUCAGAGAUAAUGCGCACUCUGUAAAGUACUCACGGCUGUCCUCGUCGGGAAUACACAAUCGUACAUAUCGAUUCCUAGCGCGCUGCAUACAAC